UGCAUCGCGAGCGCGCAUCUGCACACUCGUGAGGCGUGGUCAGUCACGGAGGACAGGUGCGCCAAAGCUCUUCUCUCACAUCUGCAGGAACAUACACACAAACGCAACAAAAUGCCCAAGUGCCCGAGCUGCGAUAAGGAGGUUUAUUUUGCCGAGAGAGUGUCUUCCUUGGGAAAGGAUUGGCACAGGCCCUGCUUAAAAUGCGAAAAGUGCCGCAAGACCCUGUCAGCGGGCUCACAUGCAGAGCAUGACGGUAAACCCUACUGUAAUAACCCCUGCUAUAGUGCUAUGUUUGGACCUAAAGGCUUUGGACGUGGUGGAGCUGAAAGCCACAGCUAUAAAUAGACAGCAAAGAUGUUGUCGGGAAGUCAAAAGAAGAGGCAGAAACCUGCAAACAAACUGCUCCUGUCCAGAGAGCUGUUUGUGUGCAUGUGCUCUCAUUUUAUCAGUUUGGACCCUGGUUUAUGAUUUUUAUAUUCACUUAAUUCCAAAAGCAGUCUUUGUCUUCUAGCUAUUCAAAUUAAACUCUUUUAAAAAAUGUUGUCAGCUUUAUUGCUGUCUCUCUGCAAAGUCCCUUCAGAAUGUGUAGAACAUUGAAACACAAUGUUGUAAAAGUUGAAAUAAACUUGUUUGUUUUUGCUUUAACAUGCUUUUCAAGGAGUCAAAGAUGUUUGAAAAUUAAAAAUAGUCUUCAGUCAAA